GAAAAGUGCAACAACAACAGUGGUUUCCUUUGGUUUACUGUUCAUGUUUCCUUACUUAUCUGUUUUUACGGGAACGAAGGCCGAGCCUAAGUGAUACAGACAGAUUGUACUUUUCUCAUUAGAUAUAUAUGACAUUGAGUGGUGUGUUGAGUGGAUAGUACGAUGGAUCAAGGAGGGAUGCAGCUUGGGAUGAAUCUCAAAUCCAUAGUGCCCCACCAGGAAUACCUGUUACAAGGCAGCAUAUUGGACACCGCCCAGGAGGUCCUCCUCCAUCGUCUACGUGGACUCUGUGACAAUGCAGAAAUGCCACCUGAAACCUUCCAUGAUCAUGAAAUGGUCUUUCUCAUCAAAGGCACCUCUCCCCAGCCCAGCCAGCCUGUUUUGUUCAGGGCCAGGAAAUCUCUGGAUCACCCUGAAAGUCCUUGGCACCUGCGCUACUUGAGUCAGGUAGAGGAUAAGCUAAGACACACUCUGUCCAGGAGCUGUAUCGAUGUUGGAUGUUCAGACAAUGUCGUCCAGUUUCUUAACGAGAUGGGUUUUAGACAGGACCAUGAGUUUGUCGUGCGUGGCUUCUUAUUUAGGAAAGGAAGAAUGAAGGUCACAGUUUCAAAGAUAUUCAGAAUGCUUCAGCCAGGUAACACUGACACAACAGAACCUUUGUCUCAGUCAUACCUGGUUGAAAUGUGUGUGGUAGCCCCAGCUGGUCAGGAGCAAAUUCAAGAAGACAUGAAGAAUUUUUCAGAACAGCUUAAACCACUUGUUCAGUUAGAGAAGACCGACCACAGAAGACUACAGACAAUGUGAUACUUGCGUCAGGUUUGUGAUGUCUUAAAACUGUGUUUUGCAAUGUGUAUUAAGACAGUUUCCAAAUUAUGUGAGGUGUGGUUCUUACACUCGCAUCAUAAAUUCACCAGCAGGUGGAUUUACAUGUGAUUCAAGAGUCUGAUAGAUUUACUUGUCCCAAGAUUCACAUGUGCAGAGACAUUUAAAGGUGAUGUGCAUACAAGUUUGUGUUGUGUUUUUUUGUGGAUUUUGGCAUCAGCAAAACCAUGAAAAAGUUUGAAGGCACAUUGAGGGUUUCUUUGAAAUGGAUGAUGCCACUUGUGUGUGGAGAAGUCAUAGUGUGUAUGAUGGAUGAGAUAUAACACAGAGAUUCUACUGUUUCAUGGAUGUCAAGGAUUACGAAUAUGGAUUGACCUGUAUGAAGUAUGAAUACAUUUUGUGGAAAUGUUGGUUCUGCCCAUUUGAAUCCCUUCUGAAUCCCUUCUGAAUGUGCACAUUAGGGGUUUUACAGAAAGCAGUCAGCCAGUUUGAAUCCUUUCAGGAUGGUACAGGGAUUAGACAGGAAACAUUGACCUGCCAGUUUGAAUCACUUGGGAAUGUCACAGCAAUUUUACUGGAAAGGUUGAACUGUGAAAUUGAAUCCUUUCAGAAGGGUACCAAGAUUUUGCUGGAAACAUUGAUGUGGAAAAUUGAAUCUCCAGUCCAGUGCAGGAAAGGACAGAUAGCCUGCUUCAUCAGAUGAACCUCUGGACAGCACACUCAACCAUGAAAUACACAGAAAUUUACAUUUUGUGGAAUAAAUUGUCAUUUAGAACUCGUAUUGGUUACUUUUGUUGAAUUCAUUUUGAACGAUGGCCCUAGAUGACUCAGGGGCUUAAAGGCUGCUUUGGCUGAUACUGCAAUGUCCUCGCCCAGUGAGUUCAUAUGCUCAAAUGCAGUUGUUCCUUGGUUGUCAAGAAGCUUGUCAGGUACCUGCCAAAGGUAGGUGGUUUAUUACCAGUUUCCAUCAUCCAUAAAUCUGACAGCUGUCAUGCAUAUGUAAGUGAAAGAGAAAGUGAACAAAGUAUCAAUCAAUCAAUCAGUUAAUCUUGAAUGUAGUGCCAUGUAAGGUAGGUGUACAUGUGAGGUACUGCAACUAUAUGGAAUACAUUGCUGCAUGAGUA